UCAUUUCGUAUUUCCUGAUUAGCUUUUAUUUACAAACCGACAUCGAUAGUUACCUAAUAAAAGUUUCGCAUUAAAAAAGUUUGGAUAAUAUCAAAAUAUUGAUUUAAGAAUGGUGAAUAUUAAGGAUUUCAAGAAAAAGUUAUCGACGAAAGAUGUGAUUUUUGAACCAAAUUAUAACGAUACUAGUCACGAUUUAUUAAAAUACCUACUGGUGAAAUGUCAAAUUAUCGGAUUGUUUCCGAUGCAUAAUAUCUGUUGUAAAGAUCCGUCGAAUAUAAAGUUUAAUUGGCUUUCUUGGAAAAUCGUUUACACAAUUACAAUUUGUGCAGUUUCGACGAUUUGUUCAUAUUUAGGAUUUUUUUGCGCCUUUCAAAUCUAUCCUGUCAUAACCCAUUUAGUAUUACCAAUGGUUUUUAUGCAAGUAGCAGUCACUACGUUAAUUUCAAUAAACGUAUCGAAAAACUGGCAUAAAUUUAUCACGAGCAUAACUUAUCUUGAAAUGGAAAUUAAUAAAAAAUAUGGCGCAUCGAAAAAUUUACGAAGUUUAUUGAACAUUCUUACACUCGCCGUAUAUGCCAUUGGUACUAUUGAACAUUUGAUGGAAAUUAUUUCAAUUACCUUUAAAACGGGAUCAAGAGGAUUCAUAAUUCAUAUUCAACAAAAAUGCGUUUAUCUAUAUGGUGAAUGUAAUUAUUGUUGGUCUGUAGUAUACGUGGUAUUUUGUAUAAUCAGUUGGGCAGUAUGUGUUACCGUUGAUGUUUUCAUUAUCAAUUUAAGUGUGAUAUUUGCGUAUAGAUUCAAACAAAUUGCGGAUUCUUUUAAUCGUUAUAACGAUGUAUUGCAAAUCCAAGAAAUAUCUUCCGUUUACCUCACAGUGAGUUCAUUUCGAUUAUUUACUUAUUUAUGCACAUUACAAUGUGUACAAAACAAAAAUUUAUUUAUUUAGGAUAAAACUUCGAAAUAUUAUCAAGAAAUAAGAGAAGAUUACUCUAAACUUGCUUUAGCCGUACACCAAGUGGACAAAUUAUUUGGAAAUUUGAUAAUUUGCAGUUAUAUUUUCAAUAUUUCAUUGAUUUUGAUACAGCUGUUCAACAGCCUUAGAUAUAUCAAUAGUCAUUUAUAUUCGAUACAUUUCUUCUAUUCGUUUGGUUUUAUAAUAAUGAGAUUGGUUCUUGUUACAAUAUACGGUUCUUCAGUUAAUGAAGAAAGUAAAAAAUUCGCCGCAAUUAUACCCAAAGUACCAGACGAUCACUGGAGUGAAGACUUGCAAAGGAUAAUGGCGCAUAUUUAUUACGAUUCUAUAGCUUUGACUGGUGGACAAUUUUUCAAAAUUACUAGGCGUUUAACAUUAAACAUUGCCGCUUCAAUUAUAAGUUACGAAUUGAUUCUUAUACAAUUCAAUCAAAGUGCUUUGAAAGAUUUUGUUAAACCAAUAAAUAAUUCAAAUAAAACGCAAGAAGACGUUUUUAUCGUUAAGAAAAACGAAUUCCACGAUUCAAUCAAAUUCAUUAUAAAAUUAGCGCAAUAUUUCGGUGUGAUGCCGUUACAAAAUAUAAAUAAAACCUGGAAUCUAGUUUAUUUCAAAUGGCGUAGCUUUAAAGUCGUUUAUUCUAUAUUAAACGCCUGCGGAGCUUUCAUCAGUUUCGGAUUCUGGUUGGUGAAAUUCUGCGUGGACGGAUUAGUUGUCGAUAAAACUGGUGCUACUUUUUUAGCGCACAUGGCAUUCUACAUAUCGACAUUUCUCUGUUCGUUGCAUUUAAUCAAAUUAGCUAAACAUUGGAACGAGAUAUUGAAAGAAUGGUCUUAUAUUGAAAUGAGUAUGCGAGGGUAUGUAAACGACGUUAAUUUAAAAAAACGAUACCUGUGGAUGACAGCCACAUCUUUUACUCUAGGAAUAAUUGAACACGCGUUGUUCGUUAUAAACGGUAUAUACGCAGCAGACGCGUGCGCAUCUUAUGUAAUAAGUCCUUUAAGAGCAACAAUGGAAGUUUUAUUCAAUAAUUACUUUUCUUUUAUAACUUUUAAUGUUUGGCUUGGAGUUUUGGUUAAAGUAAUUAAUAUUUUGUCAACUUUCACUUGGAUAUUCACAGACGUUUUUAUCAGUUUAAUAAGUGUGGCUCUAACAGCAAAAUUUAGGCAGCUAGUUGUAAGAUUGAAGAAAAACAAGGUUAUGCACCAAAAAUUUUGGAGGGAAAUCCGACAGGAUUAUCAUAAAUUGUAUAUCCUUUGCAAGAAAAUGGACAAGCACAUUUCGUUUUUAGUAUUAAUUUCAUAUAUGCAUAAUAUAUUCUUCUUGUGUAUACAACUAUACAAUAGCUUAAGGGAAAGAAAAGGUAUAGCAGAAUCUACGUAUUUUGUUUUUUCGUUUUCUUUCUUAGUAUCGAGAAUAAUAGCAGUCUCAAUGUACGGAGCUUGGUUGCACGAUGAAGCUAAAAAACCGAUGGAGUAUCUGUAUAAUGUACCUACGGAAUAUUACUGUACCGAAAUCAGUCGAUUAAUUGAACAAAUGUACACGAAUCCGGUAGGAAUCACAGGAUCUGGAUUUUUUAUAGUAACACGAAAUUUUUUAUUACAGAUGGCUGGAACGAUCGUAACUUUCGAAUUAAUGUUGUUUCAAUUUGCACCGUUGGAUUCAAAAAAUCGAGCUUACAACAGAUCUGAAUCGUGUAUUUAAUCAUAAAAUAUAUUUUGAGUUUUUCUUUUUUUUUAUUCAAAUAAAUUCAUAAUAAAGUUACCUACAAAAA